UUCCUUUAUUAUUUGAAAUUUAAGUGAGGGAAUGAAGUUGUCUUGCAACUUAGUUCCACACACAGGAGAUGGUUCCCUUAGUUUGCUCUAGUAGUUCUCAAAUGUCACUGAAGGUUAACUGGAUCUGCCGUUUUAAGCAACAUAGUCAUGCUAAUAACAGAGAACAUAGUUCUCUCUUUUCUGUUAGAGGUAUGAGCACCAAACUUGUUGGCCAACAAGUUGUAAGAAUUGGGAUCGUGCGAAGCAGUGAUUGGAGUUUUGUGAGGGGAUCAAGAGUUGACCUAAGUCCAAAAGUUGCUGGAUGUGUGCCUCACAGAAGAAACUAUAAAGUAUCUGCUUCAUGGUUUACAAAUUCUCAAAUUGCCAGCAGCGUUUUCACCCUGGGAACAGCUGCUAUUCUUCCAUUCUACACACUCAUGGUUCUGGCUCCUAAAGCAGAGCUGACCAAGAAGACCAUGGAGAGCACCAUACCAUUUGUUGCGCUUGGACUUUUGUAUGCAUAUCUUCUAUACCUCUCCUGGACACCAGAUACCAUACAGUUAAUGUUUGCAAGUAAAUAUUGGCUGCCAGAGCUCUCCGGUAUAGGAAAGAUGUUCUCCAGUGAGAUGACCUUAGCUUCUGCAUGGAUUCAUCUGUUGGCUGUUGAUCUCUUUGCAGCAAGGCAGGUGUAUCAAGAUGGACUGGAAAAUGAGAUUGAGACUCGACAUUCAGUUUCACUGUGCCUACUCUUUUGCCCAAUUGGAAUUGUCACUCAUAUGUUCACAAAGCUACUGAGAAAAAGCACAGCGAAUACCAAGUAAAGUGUUGAGUGACAAUAUAUUUGUGCAAUAGUGAACAAAACUCUGAAUAUAUCUUGAACAAACAAUAACUUCAUCUGAGAAUGCAAUCAGUAUUUCGUGUAAA